CCUCAUUCCCUCUCAUCUCGGGAUUCUCACUAUUACACCGCUCGCUGGCAUACCAGUUCUCCAUCGAGUGUCCUCAAAACGCUCACCACUUACCUUGCCUUUGGCAUCCAUAAUUGACUCACCAUGUCGGGAAAAAUGACACUCUACAAGUUGGUGGUGCUCGGAGACGGUGGUGUAGGGAAAACAGCCCUGACAAUCCAGUUAUGCUUAAAUCACUUCGUCGAAACCUACGAUCCGACCAUCGAAGAUUCCUACCGCAAACAAGUGGUGAUUGACCAGCAGUCAUGCAUGCUGGAGGUACUGGAUACUGCCGGUCAAGAAGAGUACACAGCGCUGAGGGAUCAGUGGAUUCGGGACGGAGAAGGAUUCGUGCUUGUCUACAGCAUCACGUCGAGGGCCUCCUUUUCCCGCAUACAGAAGUUCUAUAAUCAGAUCAAGAUGGUGAAAGAAUCGGCCAAUUCCGGAUCCCCCUCAGGUGCUAGCUAUUUGGGCUCUCCCAUGCAAACCCCCUCCGGCCCUGCGCUCCCUGUGCCCGUUAUGUUGGUCGGAAACAAGAGUGAUAAAGCGGUCGAACGCGCCGUCUCGGCACAAGAGGGGCAGGCUCUUGCGAAAGACCUCGGUUGCGAAUUCGUUGAGGCUUCCGCCAAAAAUUGCAUCAACGUGGAAAAAGCGUUCUAUGAUGUUGUGCGCAUGCUCCGUCAGCAACGUCAACAGCAGGGCCGUUCACAAGAUCGGCGGCCCACAGGAGGGGCUCGCGACCCAGGCCCGGAAUAUCCUCGCUCGUUCCGCCCUGACCGCAAUGGUAGCCAUCGACGUCCAUUCAAGUGCACAAUUCUGUGAUUUUGCGAUUGUGUGCAGACGUUCAGCCGAUUGGCUCUAAUCUAGACUGUUCCGUAUCAGUCUAGAUCCUGCAAGCAGCGGCAAGCAGUAUCCAAUGAUCAAGGGUCGUGCUGGCGGCAAUGCUCAAAGCACUCCGCCGCGCAUGUGAUAAUUCUUACGAGAACUCGGUCGAUUUAAUUGAUGACAA